AUGGCUGAUCUCGGGGUUUCCAUAGGCCUGGUCGCAUGCAUAGUCCUCUUUUGUGAGGCGAUGCGCAGGGCAGCCAAGCGACACUGCUCCGAGGAUUACAGGAUUUACCUGGUGGAAGCGGUGUCCACGUUUCAGCUGUGUGCAUGCACCCAUGAACUAAAACUCUUGGCCGAAAUGGGCAGUGUAGAAUUGCACAUAGCCCUGACAAUGUCAUACACCAUGACGAUUGUGCACAUUUCAACUUUUAGCGGAGCAUCGUGCAACCCAGUCAGCGUUCUGGAAAGCCUAUGCCGCGGGACGACCUCCGCGAGGGGCGCUGCUGUCCUCAUAUCCGGCCAGUUUGGAGCCGCGAUCAUCGCCCAAUUCUCGGCAGCCGCCGUCUGGAGUCUGGGUCUGUCAGACCUCCACUCCAGGUACGGAAAGCUUGGCUACAGGUGUUUCGACCCCAUGGGGGGAACUCUGUUGCAGGCCGCCGGGGUGGAGCUGGCGUGUGCGUUCUGCUUGCAAGCGACGGUCAUGCACCUCCACAAGCUGAACGCCAGACUGAGGAUUCACGCCGUCGCUGCUGUGAUCAUUUCGCUCUGCUACACAGGGGGUCACAUAUCAGGGACAGUUUUCAACGCCGUGCUAGCGUUCUCCAUCCAGUUCCCCUGCAGUGGACACACCUACCCAGAGUACUGCUUUGUGUACUGGCUGGGCCCAUUACUAGGCAUGACAAGCUGCAUAAUGCUCUUUGAGAAAAUCAUACCGUUUCUCUCUGGGAAGAGCACCAUUGGAAAGACAACAGGGACUUUGUCUCUCAGCAAGAAGACUCUGUAGUGUGGACUGUGGUUCAGGCCAAAUCCCUGUGGCUUUCUUUGUAUGUUUUGGGGAAGAAUUCACUGUGGAAGGUAACAAAUUGGUAUACAACCAAUGGUUGGUUUAUGAAAUGGUUGGUACGCACUAAUCAAAUUCAUGCAUCUUUGCAUCGAUUAUUCCUGACCAAACUCUGUUUCUCUCUUGACAAUCAUCUAUGCACAGUCCAUUCCCUUUCUCUUAUUCAUAUGGAAAUCUUUACUCUUACAAUCCCCAGCUCCAUCACUGCUUCUCUCUAUUUCAAAUGCUUUUUUAUUCAGUAGAUUUCAAAUAACUUUUGAGAAGCUGUACUAUGCAAGGGGUAAGGUGCAAAUAUAGAAUGAUUUGGAAUGAGGGCUUAAUGUACAGAAAAUGCAUUCACUUGCAAACGGCAGUAUUUGAAUGGCCACAUUGAAAUUUCAUUCCAGCAUUUUUUCUACCUCAGACGACCAGAAGCGACUCGUAAAUUGCGGUUUGAGGCCAGACCUGCUCAUACCUCAGUGGACUAGAUAGUGAGAAGUUUGUUAAAAUUGCACAAGGCUGGUUUGACUAGCGAAACCAAUCCUGUUUGCCUGCAGGUUCUUCCUCUCAUUGAAUCAGCUUUGAGGUGUUAAUGUAAAAUAGAAAAAGAACAGGCAGGGUCUUGCAAAUAUUUUUGCGACUGCUAGGCUAUAGCUUCACUGAAUAUAUCAGGAAUAAUGAGCUCUUGUCUAAUAAUGUUGCAAAGAGGAAAACAAUUACUGCGAUUUCAUUUGAAUGUAACUUGGAGACACAACACAACUUCUCUAGCAUUGUGUGAAGAAGCUAAGAUUUCCUCUAUUCUUUUUUGUAACUGCUUGGGAUUUCUAUGGGCAAUAUACAUUCAUUAAUGUAUACAUGUAUCUUUCUAUAAUGUUACAUUUUAUUCUUAGAAAUAAAAUAAAACCAACUUUCAAUGUUAACCCAA